ACACAAUGGUAGACUGUAUGAACAAAGUCAUGCUGCACACAGCUGUCUCAUGUUGGCAACCAUUCCUGGGGUUGGCCCUUGUUGCCAUCUUCAUUGGUUCCGCCUUCAGCUGCCCCACCCGCUGCGAGUGCUCUGCCCAGACUAAGUCAGUCAUUUGUCAUCGGAAACGUCUGCAAAGCAUCCCAGAUGGCAUCCCCAUUGAGACUAAGGUACUGGACCUCAGCAAGAACAAGCUGCAGGCGGUAAACCCUGAUGACUUCUCUACCUAUACUCACCUGGAGGAGCUGGACCUUAGUGGUAACAUCAUUGGAAAUGUGGAGCCCGGGGCUUUUAGUGCAUUGUUGAGUAUGCAUUCUCUCAGCCUGAAGAGCAACCGCAUCAAGCUCAUUCCCACUGGUGUCUUCACUGGUCUGUCCAACCUCACCUUGCUGGAUAUCAGCGACAACAAGAUCGUCAUCUUGCUGGACUACAUGUUCCAGGAUCUGCACAACCUCAAAUCCCUGGAGGUUGGCGACAACGAAUUGGUCUACAUUUCUCACCGGGCCUUUAGUGGCCUACUCAGCCUGGAGACGCUGACCCUGGAGCGGUGCAACCUGACAGUGGUGCCCACAGAAGCUCUUUCCCAUCUGCACAACCUGGUCAGCCUUCACAUGCGGCAGCUUAGUAUCAGCAUCCUCCAGCCAUAUUCCUUCAAGAAACUAUUCCGUUUGCGGUACUUGGAGAUUGACAACUGGCCUUUGCUGGAUGUGGUCCCCCCCAAUGCACUGCACGGCCUCAACCUCACCACCCUUUCCAUCACCAACACCAACCUGUCUGCCUUUCCCUACCAAGCCCUCAGGCACCUGCCAUACCUCACACACCUCAAUCUCUCGUUCUGUCGCAUUAGCCACAUAGAGGGCAGCAUGCUCCGUGACCUAGUACGACUCCGUGAGCUGCACCUGGUGGGUGCCCAGUUGUCUUACAUUGAACCAUAUGCCUUCCAGGGCCUACGGUGGCUUAGGGUUCUCAACGUUUCAUACAAUCGGCUGGAAACCCUGGAGCGUGCUGUGUUCCAGACCCCAGAGACCCUGGAGGUGCUCCUCAUCGACAACAACCCACUGGUAUGUGACUGCCGCCUCAUGUGGAUCCUGCAGAAGACCCACCUGUUCUACUUUGGCGAAGCCCAACCCGAGUGCAUUACUCCCGAGGGCAUCCGUGGAAAACCUUUCCGGGACUUCAAGGAGCCAUUGCUCUCCUACUACGUCCCAUGCGUGAAGCCCAAGAUCCGAGGGAACAAGACACAGACGCUCAUCGUAGACGAGGGCCAGCCAGCAAGACUACACUGCAGUGCCGAGGGAAUCCCCAGGCCCGUGGUGUCUUGGAUUACACCUCGUCGGCGACAGGUAACCAGCAAGAACAAUGGGAGAAUCACAGUCCAGACCAAUGGCACUCUGGAGAUCAGGAUCUCGGAGGUGCAUGACAGCGGAGUGUACAUUUGUCUGGCAAGCAAUGCCGCAGGGAAUGACACCCAGUCGGCUUCUUUAGCAGUGAAAAGUUUGGGCACAAGCGAUAGGUCACUUUACGCAAACAGGACCUCUCAGUAUUCCACUGACCCCAACAACACUACAGCCAAUGGGACUAACUUGUAUAACAUGACGUUUGGCCUGGACCUAAAGACCAUUUUGGUAUCAACGGCUAUGGGUUGCUUCACAUUCCUGGGGGUGGUCCUGUUCUGCUUCCUGCUCCUGUUUGUUUGGAGUCGUGGGAAGGGGAAGCAUAAAAACAACAUCGACAUUGAGUACGUCCCACGGUCCAACGGAGCUGGAGCAGAAGGUCCAGAGCCUGCAGGACCCCGUCGAUUUAACAUGAAAAUGAUUUAACGUAAUCACUGUAUCCAAGAAGGAGCUCUAGGGCAAAAAAAAAAAGACCUGUGCUAAAUUUCAGUGCAUUUCCAGAGAGGCUCUGGAGGGGAUUGCUACUGGAGUCUGGGGUGAAACGUAGAGCCGCGGAAGACCUCUGAGCAUCACGGAAACGGCACCCAGACAGGAUGUGCUACCAACAUAGAGUUGGCAGUGAACCUGCCAGGUUUACAUUCCCACUGGUGUCCGAGUCAGUGUCAACGGACCUUUAGGGGAAGGCAAGUUGCUCG